GUAUUCCUGCUGCCUAAGUAAUCUGCUCCAACAAUCCAAGAUUGGUUUCUGUAUCAUUCAUUCUACAGUCGGUUUAUCUUUCAACCAAAGCAGUAUCCGAAGAUGGCUUCCAAGGCUCAGAAUGGAGAUAGAAUCCCCCCCGUGUCCGCUCCUGAUACCCGUGAUACAGAGAACAAGCAUCCGGAAAGCAGCAAGGGACACCGAUGGCCUACUGACCCGUGGGAGAAAGACUUCCGAGUGCCAGGGGCCAAUGCCACAUUAGAUGAGAUACGUGAUCGGCUGGGGCCUGUCCCUGAGGAGUUUCAGAUCUCGGACAAGGAACUACGCCGGCUUCAAAGCAAGGAGUGGGCGGAGAAAUGCCGGCCAUAUUAUCAGUGGAUAGCAAUACUCAAGGAGCGUGGUCUCUAUGAGGAGUAUCAUCAGAGUUUCCCGCCUGAAUCUACAUGGGAGGAGAGCUAUCAUUAUAGUAGAAGCUUUCUUUCUGGGAGUGCACCAGACCUGCUGGGUCAAUUUGAACACUAUUGGAGUUCUGCGGUCAAGGGAGUUCAGCAGACAUCUGCUUAUACCCGUGCUGUCAAGUUUUAGUCUCUAGGUUUCAGCUUGAUUAUAUCUGCCUAGUAUGCCUCGUUUUCGUUCUGUUACAGAAUAUAAUAGUCAGUAUGGCUAUUUUGAUUGGUUUGAUAUUCAGAGAGUAAUGUAGUAAGUAAUUCAGGGUCCUGUGCUUGGCAUCAUUACA